AUGGCUCUCUCAACUCCUCUUUCUCAGAUAUCUGUUUCACUUCCAACUGGAGUUGAUGGGUCGAGCCGAUCUAUGAUUAAGGUGCAAAGCAUAAGCUUCACUGAGAAGUCAUGGAGUUCUCUUUUGAGACUAAAUUCGAAAUCUAGAACUAGCUUAAGUGUGAGAAAACAGUCCACAGUAUGUAUGUCACUUCAGCAAGCAAGCAAAUCGAAAGUCUCGGUUACUCCUCUAGAACUCGAAGAUCCCAAAGAGACUCCGUUAAACUUGUACAAGCCUAAGAAGCCUUAUACAGCAACGAUUGUUUCGGUUGAGAGAAUUGUUGGUCCACAAGCACCUGGAGAGACGUGCCACAUUGUAAUUGAUCAUGAUGGUAAUGUUCCUUAUUGGGAAGGACAAAGCUAUGGAGUGAUUCCUCCUGGUGAGAAUCCUAAGAAACCGGGUGCACCUCACAAUGUUCGCCUUUAUUCGAUUGCAUCGACAAGGUAUGGAGAUUCUUUCGAUGGCAAGACAGCUAGUCUAUGUGUCCGUCGAGCUCUUUACUAUGAUCCAGAGACAGGAAAAGAAGAUCCAUCCAAAGCUGGUGUAUGUAGCAACUUCUUGUGCAAUGCCAAACCCGGGGAUAAGGUCAAAAUUACCGGUCCUUCGGGAAAGGUUAUGCUUUUACCUGAAGAUGCCCCGAAAGCUACUCACAUAAUGAUUGCUACUGGAACCGGAGUUGCUCCAUUCAGAGGAUACCUACGGCGUAUGUUUAUGGAGAACGUUCCUAAUUUCAAGUUUGAUGGACUCUUGUGGCUCUUCCUCGGUGUGGCUAACUCAGACAGUCUUCUCUAUGAUGAAGAAUUCGCCGGUUACCUCAAGGACUAUCCCGAGCAUUUCAGGUACGACAAAGCGCUGAGUAGAGAAGAAAAGAACCAGAAAGGAGGGAAAAUGUAUGUGCAGGAUAAGAUUGAAGAAUAUAGCGACGAGAUCUUCAAACUCUUGGACAAUGGAGCUCAUAUUUACUUUUGUGGGCUUAAAGGAAUGAUGCCUGGGAUUCAGGAUACGCUUAAGAGAGUCGCUGAAGAGCGAGGCGAAAGCUGGGAGCAGAAACUUACUCAACUCAGGAAGAACAAGCAGUGGCAUGUCGAAGUGUAUUGA